AUGUUACUCGUAACACAGCACGAGAGUAAAAUGGGAGUAGAACAUAGUCACAACGAGAACUGUAGCGAUCGUGACCAUGGCUCAUCUUCGGAAUCGGAUGGAAUUGAACACAGGCAUUCGAUCAAUCAAACGACGGAAGAAAAUUCUCCAGCAAAAUGUGAGAAAACAGAAACAAAUACGACUGAUGAUAUAGGACUUGAAAGCAAGUUUGGUAUGUUGGACAUACUGCUUAGUAGUGCCGAGGUAACGUUUCAAAUUCAUCCGGCAGAUAUCAAUCGACAACGAUUACCACUUACUUACAUUGAAGGUUCCGAUGAAUAUAAAAUUGUUUGGUUGCAUGAUGAGAAGCUUGAUAAAACAGUAAAAGAACAAACAAGAACGGAAUUAACUGUUCUUUUCAAACAAAUUUACAUUUUUGAUAAUGUUGAAAGCUGUCUAGAUUUUCUUUAUACACUGGAUACAAAUUUCGAUCGUUUAUUUAUCAUUUCCAAUCUCUCCUUUGAUGACAAAUUUAUCGGCCCGACCUCUCCCUUGAUUGAUGAUGAACAUCCUAUAUCUACUAUUCUGCGACGAUUCAAGUACGAACAUCACAUCCACCAUCAUAUAUUGGAUCUUCUGUCAACGAAUUAUGUUCAUUACAUAGGUGAAAGGUUUCUAAACGGUAAAGUCCAGGACGAAAAUAAGAUCAAUUCAACACUUGACAUCGAUCCGAGCUGCUAUCAAAUUGGUUUUCUUAAAUCGUCAUUGUCAUUAUCGAAGGUUAACUCGGAUGUACUCAUCGAUGGUCUAAGAUCAGUUUUUGAUUCAUUAAUCAUUUUUGAAAAUCAAUCAGAGUGUUUAAAAUAUUUAAUUUCAAUUAAAGCAACAGCUGUUACCAUUUAUCUGAUAGUGUACGACUUAGAAGAUAUUGAAAAGUUUCAAGAAAUUACGAACGUGAAGAAAAUUUAUCAAAUCAAUUCGGAAGAAACAGAUAAACUUAUACUUCGUGUUCGUAAUGAUGUGCGCGCCGAAACUAGUGGACCAAUCCAUCUUCUCGAGAAAUCUGUGCAGUAUAUCAACGAGAAAUACACUCCGUAUAUCUCUCUGAUGGCAAAUUUAGAUCUAUACCUAACUUUAACACGCAAUACACACGAUCGGGAGCGAAUGAAACAAGAAAUGAUAACUGAAUGCCAAUGUAUUUAUCAUGAUAAUGCACAACAAUUAGAACGUAUCGAAGAGUUCGAUAAAAACUAUGACGCACAAAAAGAAGGCAAAGCAAUUCAUUGGUACACACGCGAUUCCUUUCUUUACCGAUUGAUCAAUCGUGUUCUUCGUACAGGUGAUCCAGACCUCAUUUAUCCUUAUCGUUUCUUCAUCAAUGAACUUAACGAUGAAAUCACGAAUAUGGAUCGACACUAUUGUAAUGAAGUCGAAGAUUUGAUCGUCUAUCGUGGACAAGGCUUGUCUCAUUCAGAACUUCAUUAUCUUCAAUACAAAACUAAUCAACUCCUUGCAUUAUCUAGUUUUACCUCAACCACAGUCGAUCGAGAGAUGGCAUUAGGAUAUGCCAUUAGUUCUGCUAAUGAUCAAGUUGUUCCAGUUCUAUUCGAAUUUCAUCUUCAUCCUACAAUAAAUAAUACACGACCGUAUGCGUAUGUUGCUGAACAUAGUGCUGUACCUAAUGAAUACGAAGUCUUGCUCACAUAUGGUAUUAUCUUUCGUCUUGUUUCUGUAAUUUACGAUUGUAAUCAAAAUGUUUGGAUCAUAGUUGGUCAUCUUCUUCGACUACAAAAUCAUGACAUCAAGAAUUUGUUAUCGAAACGAAGUGAAAAUAAAUUUCGAUGGAAUACGUUCGAUGCAGAUACUUGUCAUUAUCACAAGAAGAAACGUGAAUUGUCAACUAGACACUCGAAUAAUACCAAUGACAAUAUUCCUGCAAUGACUGCAGACGAUUUGCCGUCCGUAUUCGACUUUUUCGAUGCCGAUGAGACAGACGAUGGUGUACAUCCCGUGCUAUUAAGUUAUACUCUCGAGCAAAGAAAAUCUAUUGCACUGAUCGGAACUCUUCUUUUGGCUGACGAAAGUAUUAAGAACGGUACUUUAGUAAUCGUUAACGAUCGUAUUGCGGCACUCGGGACGGAAAUCAGAAUUCCAGAUGAUGCAUUUAUUUUGCAUACUGAUGGUAUUAUAUUUCCCGGUUUAAUUGAUUUGCAUAAUCAUAUGACAUGGAAUAUUUUUCCACGUUGGAAACCCUCAGAAGAAUUUGGUAGUCGAUAUGAUUGGCAGCAGAAAUCCAUUUACAAGACGCUUUUAUCGUCACCACACAAAGGACUAGUCGAAGCAGGACUUUCAUGUGAGAUGCAGCGUUAUGCAGAAGUGAAAGCAAUUACGCAAGGUACAACGAGCAUCAUUGGUAGUUUGAGACGACCUUGUAAUCAAGGAUUAGUACGUAAUCUUGACGAUGAAGUGACUCUUGGACGUAUUCUUUAUAAUGUUUUCCCAUUACAAAUGACUGAACUGGAGAUGGAGGAAGUCAAAGAUGUUCUGUCCUCAAAUGGUUCGUUGUUUAUUCAUCUCGCCGAAGGUGCACCAAAUGAUGCAACAGCAGCAAGAGAAUUCUCAAUGCUAAAAGCGCGUGGUUUAUUGGUCCCAGGCGUAUCUCUCAUUCAUGGCGUUGCUCUAAAAAAGAAUGAGUUUCGUACCAUGGCAAAUACUACUGUUGGCUUAGUUUGGUCUCCACGUAGUAAUUUAGAACUCUAUGGUGAUACAACGAACUUGCAAGCAGCAUUAGAGAGCCAUGUUAUUACAGCGAUUGCACCAGAUUGGAGUCCCACUGGUAGUGAUGGUUUACUUAGCGAAUUAAACUAUGCCGCUACUUGGAAUGGUGGCUUAGAUCAGUCACUAUUCGAUGAUCGUUUGCUGUUGAAAAUGGCUACUGUUAAUCCGGCUAAAUUAACUCAUUUAGAUACACGUUUGGGUCAAUUGAAAGAAGGUUACCUUGCAGAUAUAGUUGUGUUAAAAGAUCAGAAUAACAUUCAAUCGAGCAAGGAUCCUUAUUGGGCUGCAACGCAUGCAAAACCUGAAGAUGUUUCACUUGUUAUAAUUGGUGGCGAACCCGUGUAUGGUGAUCCUGACAUAAUGAAACAAUUAAUCGAUGUGCAAGAUCUGGAAUUACUAAAUAUAUGUGGUACAAACAAAAGUAUCUCGUUUGCAAGUCAAUUUGGUUCCGAGUUUAGUUUUUAUCACACGCAAAAAUUGUUGAACACUGCACUUCGUCAUUGGAGCCGCACGUUGGCCCCACUUUCAGAAUGUGCUCCGCACGGAUUACUGAACCAAGUGCCCAUAGAAUAUCGAAAGUUUCUAUUCAUUUCGUAA